AUGGCCUUCAUCUUGUUAUAUGUAGACGAUAUUCUGCUUAUCACCUCAUCUGAUGCACUUUGGAAUCGUCUUAUGUUACUGCUCUCAUCGGAAUUUGCUAUGACUGAUCUCGGGCCUCUUAGCUAUUUUCUUGGGAUUUCGGUUACUCACAAAAAUGGAUCAUUGUUUUUAUCUCAAGAAAAAUAUGCUAACGAGAUCUUACAUCGUGUCGGUCUUCAAGAUUGCGACCCAGCAGUUACACCUAUGGAUACCCAACAAAAACUUAGCUCUAACUCCAGCACACCACUUCCAGAUGCUACUGAAUACCAACGGUUGGCCGGAGCCUUACAAUACCUGACUUUUACGAGACCGGAUAUAUCCUAUGCAGUGCAACAAGUUUGCAUUCACAUGCAUGCACCCACCACCAUCCAUAUGAAUGCUCUAAAACGAGACUUGAGAUACAUUAAAGGCACCUUAUCUUUUGGUUUAACUAUCUCUCCAUCAGCUGCCGACUCUCUCAUAUCAUACACCGAUGCGGAUUGGGGCGGGUGCCCAGACACUCGUAGAUCAACUUCAGGGUAUUGCGUGUACAUGGGUGACAAUCUACUAUCAUGGUCUUCUAAACGUCAACCCACUCUUUCUCGAUCCAGUGCCGAAGCCGAGUAUCGCGGGGUUGCUAACGUCGUUUCGGAGGUUUGUUGGCUGUGA